AAUGGGUAUUUCUACCGGUGAACCGCAGCGGUUAAAUCAAGAAUGGGUAUUUCUACUACCGGUGAACCAUAGCGCGGUUAAUCACCAAGAAAUGGGAAUUCUACCGGUGGCCACAGCGGCUAAGGAUGCUAAUGACUCAAUCGACUCUAUUAAUUAUUCGGACUUCAUAAUAUCGAUAUACAAGCCGUUAGCAUCCCUAACCGCG